ACUUGUGCCAACUUCUCGUUUUCAUUAUAUUAUAUAUUCUCAACAAUCCACAUUUUUGUAUCUUGUCUAAAGUUAACGUCAAUAUUUUUCCAUAUUUUACCGCAAACCAUUCCUCCAAUUAUAAUUUUUUAGUUAAAAUAAAUAAUUGAAAAAUGCCACGAGGAAAAUUUGUAAACCACAAAGGACGCAAUCGUCAUUUCACUAAUCCUGAAGAAUUGGAAGAGCAACGGCGUCAGGAUGAAGCACGAAAAAAGUGGAGACAAAACAAACAGCACAGUGAUGAAUCUAGUGAUGACGACGAGGAUCCUAAAGCCAGCAGCGCUACAUCGAAAAAUCCUGAUGCUUCGUCCGAUGACAGUGAAAGUGAAUCCGAUGGUGAUUCAGAGAGCGAAGGAAAAGCUAAAGGAGUAGAAAAUUUAAUUGAAGUGGAAAAUCCAAAUAGGGUACAAAAGAAAACCAAAAAAUUAUCAAAACUAAAUGAGACACUAGGUGAAUCUACAAAGCCUGAACUCUCACGAAGAGAGAGGGAACAAAUAGAAAAACAGCGGGCAUAUGCAAAUUAUCAAAAGCUUCAUGCUGCAGGUAAAACCGAUGAAGCACGGGCUGAUUUAGCACGUUUAGCCAUAAUUAAACAACAAAGAGAAGAUGCCGCAAAACGAAGAGAAGAUGAGAAAAAGCAAAAGGAGUUAGCAGCCCAAAAGAAAACCGAGUUGACGCAAAAAGCACUGGGAAAACGAUCUUAAACAUAUUAAAUAACUAUACUGUAAAACACAUUGAAAAUUGAAUGUGAUUCUUUUGAUUAUAACAUAUUAUUAUCAUUACAAAUGGUUUACUAAUUCAAUCGCUACUUUCUUAUCAAUAAAAAUUUACUAAAUUCCUCUAA